AUGUCUCGGUUAUUCAAUGCUGUGGGAAUCCUCUUUAAGAAGCAUCCUUUUAUCACCAACAGUGCCGUCUAUGGAAGCCUUUAUGUGGGAGCCGAAGUGUCACAACAGUUUCUGACCAAAAAAGUGCUGGUUGAGAAAGACUCAUUGAAAGAGGACAUUGAUUAUCCAACCAUAGGUCGGUAUGCUGUAAUGGGAACAGCUGUCUAUGCUCCAACACUCUAUCAAUGGUACAAAUGGUUGGACCGCACUUUUCCCGGAACAGCUAAACAAGUAAUUAUCAAAAAAUUGGUUGUGGACCAGUUUGUACUGACACCCUUCUUGUUGACGGUAUUCUAUACAGGAAUGGCCGUUAUGGAAGGUGCUGAUGAUAAGUUCCUUGAAUUGAGACAAAAGUUUAUACCAACUUUUGAAAAAUCGUGCAUGUUUUGGCUGCCAGCACAAUUGUUUAAUUUCGUCUUGAUAGCUCCACGAUUCCGUGUCAUUUAUAUGGGAGUUUGUGGUUUCGUCUGGGUUAAUAUCCUCUGCUGGAUAAAACGACAACAAGCGAACAAUGAUACUGAAACCAAAAUUACAGUAAAUAAAGCAUGA